AUGGCUGAGACGAAGCCGCGCCAGCGCAAGUUCGCGCCAAGAUCGCGUACAGGCUGCCUGACCUGCCGAACCAGGAGAAAGAGGUGCGAUAACGCCCAACCUCGAUGUGCAAAUUGCAAACGCCUCAACCUAUUAUGCGAGUGGCAGAGUCCACGAAGUAUCGUUACGGAGCCGAGUUCAUCACAAUCAAGCUCUAAGAGCCCCGAGCUUCAGGUCACAGUUCCGCUGCGAAAUUCUCUCGAUCCUUGGGAUGCGCUACCGGGCGAUGGAGAAGCGGAGAGGGUGCAUCUAUUACAGUACUAUAUCGAGGCCUUUGUACCCAGUGUUCAAGUAGCGCCUAUUGCAACAAGUUUCUACACUAGCCUAUACAUGCCUUGGUCUUUCCAGAUCGAAGGUAUGCUUGACGCCAUUCUGGCCAUUUCUUCAGCUCAGUUGGCACGGCGGAGCCAGGACGCAGACCGCGCUAAGCAUCUUCGGGCCGUGUCCUCUCGCCAUGAGAGGAAGUGCUAUCAAUUUAUCAAGGAACGCCUACAUCCUUCGGGUGGACUUCCAGAAGACACUUACCAGGUCACUGCGGUGAUCCUGAUCCUAGUAGGGCUUGAGGCGCUCAACGGCGUCAAGACCACGAGGUGGAUAUCGCAGUUGAAAAGCGUUCAACGUAUACUUAGCGCACUCACUCCAGAACAGAGCAUCAUGGACUGUGUUGAGGUCGAUUCUCUACAUCGACACUUCACCUAUCAUUUCGCUUCUGCAUCUCUCAUGGCACGGGUAUCCAACGCAGGAAAGCCAUGUUCAGCAGAGCAAGGCUUGAUACCAAUCAGCGCCGCUCUAAUGCCGGGCACAAUUGAUCCGCUCAUGGGCAUCUCAUACCAGCUAUGCGAUCUCAUCUCUCGGAUACAGUACGUAACUUCCUCAAAUCCAGCGUUCCCACUCGCUACCGAAGCUUCUUUCAACGUUAUCGAGCAGGGCAUCCAAAGCUGGACUUACGACAAUCCAUUUGCACUUGGUGUCGAUACCCCCAUAGCUCUCGAUCUCAUCGCCUUGGCAGAGGCUUACCGUCUGGCGGCACUCAUUCAGCUCUAUCGUACCUCACCAAGCCACUCUACAAAUAUUGCAGGUUGUGCCGCACGUGCGAUGGAGUUCAUUGCUCGCAUACCACCCGGAAGCGCUGCGGAGUCGAGCCUGCUCUAUCCCAUAUUUCUAGCAGGCGCUGAGCUGGACGACGAAGCUGCCAUUGAGAAGUGCUUUCGAAGGUUGGAGGACAUUCAGAACAGGAAUCGCUACGAGAACGUCGAAUGUGUGCAAAAGGUGCUGAAGGAAGUAUGGCGACCCAAACUUGAAGGUGGACAAAGAAGGGACUGGGAAGAGGUUGUAAGAGAGUGGAACUGGUCUUUCACUCUGGGUUAAAGCUUCUUGGAUGGGACUCUUCUUGAGUCUGAUUCAACCUUUUCGCACUCGUGAUACGUCGAGAAUUUGGCGCGAUGCUUUGGCCACGUUGGAACCUUGAUCCGGAUUCCUCGUUAUGAAUAUAAUCGCCGCCCGUAACACAUUUGACGACUGCAAGGGUUUCUCACGUCAGCAGGGGUAUCGUACUCCAUGAGUUGGAUAUGUAUGGUGGUCGGCUACUCCUUUCCCCGCACGACUGCUUGGCCGACCCCGCGCCUGCUC